GUUAUCCGUUCCGUGUGGAGCCUCGUUUAUCACUGGACGAGACGUUCUCACUUUAGGAUAAGAAGAGGGCGAAGUUAUGGACCGGCAGGAGGAAAAGGACCCUCCUGGAGAGGUCAAAAGGGACGAGAACGAAGCCGAGAUCAAACCGGAGUAUGUCAUAACCGACCAUCAACGACAACUUGUCUUGGAUUGCGUAAGCGAGACCGACAAGAGGAAGCUGAAGGAUGGGGAUGAUGAAGACGAAGGUGCCAAGAAGCAGAAGCUAACCGGAAGAGAACAGAGGAAGAUCAAAGGCCAGAACAAGUCGAGGCGUAAGACUGCUUAUAGAGAGGAUGAUGCGGACGUAUUUUGCAACAACAUAAUCAAGACGGGCUCGUGUGAUCUUCCCGUUUGCAAGUACACACACGACACGGUGGGCUACUUGGCGAAAAAAGCGCCCGACAUUGGACCCGAAUGCUAUGUCUACAGCCUAAGGGGGUUCUGCCCCCGUGGUAUAACAUGCCGCUUUGGUUCUUCUCAUCUGACAGAAGAUGGCAUCAACAUAAAAGACGAGAUACUAUAUCAAAAGUCUCAGGACGAUGGAUCAUGGAAAACACUGAACAGCAUGUCAAACGAUCUGAAGGUAUGUUUUUAUUAUGCUGCUAUAUUGGAGAUGAUGAGACAUCUCAUUUUUCCCCAGAUGGUACUGAGAAAGAAGAAGUACGACUUUUCGAAGAGUGCAUCUGUUGUUAAAGAAGUGGACAGAAUCUUAGGCAGGGGUCAAGGCAUGGACGCUAAUGGUGAAAAUCUCGGUCCGGUGGAUGAUACAGAUGUAAUCAAAUUAAGGCCCGAAGAGAAAAAACAAAUAGACUGGAGGGACAAACUGUACCUUUCGCCACUUACAACUCUCGGCAAUCUGCCAUUCAGGAGGAUAUGCAAAGAGUAUGGCGCAGACGUUACAUGCGGGGAGAUGGCCCUGGCCUCGGAGCUGCUCCAGGGCUCGCCUCAGGAAUGGGCCUUGGUGAAACGCCACCCCUCUGAGGACCUUUUCGGUGUACAGAUAGCCGGCACCAACAUGCCAAUAUUGACUCGCUGCGCCCAGCUGGUCGACGAGAACGCCAAAGUUGAUUUCGUAGACAUCAACAUGGGCUGUCCUAUCGACCUCAUCUACCGACAGGGUGGAGGAAGUGCGAUGUUGCGAAGCAGAUCACAAGUGAGAUCAGUCGUAAAUGGCGUAAGCAGGGUGUUGAGCGUCCCGCUCACUGUUAAAGUAAGGACAGGGGUAACCGCAAAGAACUUCGUCUCCCAUAAAUAUAUGGCGGAUAUGCGACAAGCCGGUGUAUCAUUAGUGACCGUACAUGGCAGAUCUAGGGAACAGAGAUUCGUGAGGAAGGCCGACUGGGAAUACAUCGAGACGUGUGCCAAAGAAGCAUCGCCGAUGGCCGUGUUUGGCAACGGCGACAUCCUGUCAUACCGAGACUAUGAGUUGGCAAGGGAGCGUUCACCGACCGCCCAGGGCGUCAUGAUCGGCAGGGGGGCGCUCAUGAAGCCGUGGAUAUUCACUGAGAUCAAAGAAAAGCGCAAUAUUGACAUGACGAGCUCGCAGCGUUUCGAAAUAUUGGGGAAAUUCGUAAACUACGGCCUUGAACACUGGGGUUCAGAUACAAGAGGUGUGGAAAUAACAAGAAGGUUCUUACUCGAAUGGCUCAGUUUCCUUUACCGCUACAUCCCCGUCGGCAUUUUGGUGAACCCGCCGCAGGUGAUGAACGCCAGGCCGCCGUAUUACAGGGGCCGAGACGAGAUGGAAACACUCAUGGCUAGUGGCAAUUGCUCCGACUGGAUAAAAAUAAGUGAGAUGCUUCUAAAUAAAGUGCCGGAAGGAUUUACGUUCCUGCCGAAGCACAAGGCGAACGCCUGGAGCUAGGGAAGAAAGAGCGGGUAUUCGUAAUUUUCCUCCACAAAAUAAAUAAUCUAUUUUUAUUUUAUUUUUCCUCCUGAC